CUGAACCAAGACUUAUUAGAGUUUUGGGAGAUCUUGCAGUCAAAGCUUACAGCCAAAGCCAGAGAUUCUUUUUGUUGUUGUUGGAGAUCUGUUCGAGUCGAGCAGUGCAUUUUGUACUUUCCAUAAGACGCAAAGCAAAGAAACCAAAAAGAACAAAGCACAAACUGAGUUAGUCAAGAACGAUGAUGGCCCACAAUAGCACUUUGACCGUCCACCAAGCCCUCUAUGGCAAUGAGGAAAAGUCAAGUUCGUCACCCAAGAAUCUCAGCAAGUGGACUUUGGAGGCAGAUUCUGACAAGCUGCGCUGUGCCCUUGGUGAAGCAUUUGCUGGCACAGACACUGUUGGAGGAGAGCCGAUCCUAGAUUGGGGCUUUGGCCAUUGUUCGUUCAAACCAGAGGAACGAGUGCAGCUGUUUCAAUUCAUGAUGGCAUAUCCACUCUAUGAAGAUAUCCAGAAGCCAAGCUUUCAGAUCUGUUCGGAGAAUGGCAAUGGUGAUAUCAAAUCGCUGGCAUCUGUGGUGGAGUAUGACAAUGACAGAAACAACAGCAAGAAGCCAUUCAAGAAAAUACGGGAGGGUUGGGCAAACCUUGUCACGACCAUGCGUCUUCUGCUCGUACACAAAGAAAAAGUUCCGGACCUCUUCAAAUCUCCGGACAGGAAGGCCGACCUCAAGAGAAUGGAACAAAAACUGGGAAAGAAUUUUCAAGAAAAGUGUGACCAGUGGCAUUUCGAGCAUGGACCAAAGGGAAAGCAUUGGUUUGUCCACAUGGUAGGCGUGGUUCCCGACCAUCAAGGUCAAGGAAUGGGCAAAGAACUCAUGGCAAAACUGAAUGAUAUGGCUGAUAAGAUGAACCAAGCGAUGUACUUGGAAGCUGGAGAAAGAAACCGACGAUUCUACGAGAAAAUGGGAUUUGUUGUCCAGCACACUGUUACGUUGGAGGAUCCUGAUGACGCCGAGAAUAGCUUCCUGGUCCACUUGAUGACUCGGGAGCCCCACCACGAGACAUGUAGUUGAAAACAGAUGAUGCGGACAUAAACGGCGAUGGGCAGAGAGUGCUGGUGGCCCCCGAAGCAUCUGCUGCAGACUAGAUCCAACCCAGAAAUGACUAAAGUUUUUCGAACACAACCUCCUGGAAAGCUGGGUGGUCUGGGGCCCGCCUGAACCAACACCACAACACCUUAUAAAACCAACAAAAUGAAUUCACACAAAUCAACAAAAGCACCAAACUCCAGAAACAGAAUACAUGUACUUAAUUAAUAAUAAACUUUUGUUUCUCUAUUUC